UCUUCUUCGUCGUCGUCUUCGUCUAUAGCUUUCUCUCAUGGCGCUUGCGAGCUUGUCUCUGUUCUCUCCUCCUCCUCCUCCUCCUCCUCCUAAAACCCUAACCGCGAUUCAAAACUCCGGGGUCAUCGCUUGCCUCCGCGCCCACGACGGCAAGACGGCAAUGGACGCUGCUUCUGCUGCUUUGAGAGGUGGCAUCUCUGUUCUCGAGAUAGUCAUGUCCACUCCAGGAGUAUUGGAGGAGCAAUCCAUAAGUAGCCUAUGUGGUUGUCAGAUGGUGAGUGCACAGAUAUUUUUGUUCAAUUUAAUGGAUGAUUCUGACAAAAAUGAUAAAAUCGCAACGACUGAAAGAUCGAGACAGAUUGAAGCUACACUAAAAGUGAUAAAGGACCUUCGAAAAGAUCAUCCUUCAUUGACAUUUGGGGUUGGCACUAUCUUAAAUGUGGAGGAUGCGCGGAAAGCAGUAAAAGCUGGGGCUCAAUUUCUCAUGAGUCCCUGCUCAGUCACUGAAAUAUUGCUCGAGCUUGAAGGAAGUGAAAUUCUUUAUAUUCCAGGAGUGAUGACGCCAACGGAAGUGCUGCUUGCUUAUAAUGCUGGUGCGAAAAUUGUCAAGGUUUAUCCAGUCUCAUUGUUAGGUGGGGAGAAAUAUAUAUCAGCUCUGAAGAAACCAUUUCCCCAUGUACCGAUGGUUGCUUCGCAGGGGGUAACAACCGAGUCAAUUGGAAGAUACAUCGAGGCAGGGGCCUCGGCAGUAGUUCUGUCGGAUGCGAUUUUCGACAAAGGCGCUAUGCAACAAAGAAGUUUUGAUGAGAUAGAGAGACUCGCCUCUUGCGCCGUUUUGCAAGCAAACCAAGCUAUAAAAUGACAGGGCAAGGACGACAGCGACGAUGAGGUUUCAAUGACGAAGAAUACGAUGUACCCAGAUAUCUAAAUGACGAACUACGAAGACGACAGUGGCCGCGCGAACAACCAUGGAUGAUGCAUGCCAACUUCAUGUAGUCGUGUUCAUAGAAACACACUGAUGAGGAGAAAUUAAAAGUUGAAGGGUGCCUAAAAUGAUUAAAAGAAAAAAAAAAAAAAAAAAAG